GUAACCAAUUAAACAACAGCGACAAAAACGGUCCCAAAUCUAAAACACCACCCACACAUUCUCAUACAAGACACAACACUUUUUCCUCGAUUUUCUCAAAUCUUCAAACUCGUAUCGCCAUGCUCACGUUCCUCAUUUUCCUAACAAUCCAAAAACACCUUUGUUCUUUUCUUCAACCACCGUCACACACGACCAACCCUUAGUUCAAGGCUUGUUAUCUUGUCUUCCAAUAUUAUUGAUGGAAUCAACAAAAAUCAAACCCAACAAUAAUAAAAGUAGAAGCAAACGUCAUCAUUUGUUCCAGUGUUUUAAACCUGAUGAUGUCGUUGAUCCACCACCGCGUCGAAAAGCGAAAAAUAGUGACCCGCUUCUUAGUUACAUUGCCUUAGCAGAGAAGCAUGGCAUUGUGUUGCCAACCGUUUUGUCGUCGGCUUUGAUGGCGGCAAAAGGCGGUGGAGAUGGAAGUGCAAGUCGUCGGAGAAAGAUUGGUAAAGAAAGGUCUCUUCGAAUUCGCCAGGUUUUAAUUUCGGCUUUGAAUCACACAUCAUUGGGCAAGAAAAUUAUAAAUAGAAGUAAAACGAAAAAGAAUACUUGGUCUAGAUCAAGGAUGAGCAAGUUAGGAGGAGAAGCUGAUCAUAACACCUCAAACACAAAUCCUAAAGUACCAUAUGGAACCUAUUCAUCAAAUCCAUCAAAAAAAUAUGGAAACAAUUCAUACACUUCAUCUUCUCAUUGUUCACCACCAUUCACUCCUUCCACAUUAUCAUCUUCUACUUUUUCAAGUAAUUCACAAGGUACUCAAGUUUUGGGUUCAUCCUUUGUAUUGUAUCCAAACCCAAUGAAUGGAAUUGGGGUGAAACAAGAUGUUAAAGAGAGUAGAAAAGGGUGUUUUGGUUCAAACAUAGGUUUGUAUUUGCUUUUUUUUUAUUAGUCUUUUGGUGUU